AUGAGCACCUCUUUUGUGUGCGUGUUAGGCGCAAGUGAUGAAUCUAAUCUUGAGAGGGAACCAGAAGCUAUUGCUCCUGAAGGUUCUAGUAGACCUUGCACACCUGGUACUGAGCCUACUUGUAAAGAAGAGAAACCGGCACCUCAACUAUCACCGGAACCGAUACCUAGACAGUCUGAUCAGGUUUCUCGUGUUGAUGGACCUCCUAUGGAGUCUGGAGGUGGUGGUGGUGGUGCUCGUGGUGCUCAGCAGGGAGAUUCUGGACUUGUUGUUGGUCGUCCUGAAGAUGCGAAGCAACUCGGGAAGGAUAAUGAAGUACUCACCUCGCAUACUACCACUUUAAAUAGUGGUAGUGGUACUCAGUCUGAUUUGAGACAAAAAGAAUCACAGAUUCCUGCUACUUCGCCUUCACAAACCCAACAAGAUUCUCUAAAAGAAACUGGUGGUCAUGCAGAGCAUGAGAACACUGAAGACAACAGGCACAUUUCUGCGGGACAGGAUCACCCGAGUAACAACGUGGUUGCUAGAGAAGAUGCGCCUGCUACUAAUACUGACCAAGCAGGAAGACCACAGGAGACUCAAAAUGGAUUACAUCCCAAUUCUUCUACUGAACCCAGUACAAGUGGUACUAACGCUCAAGAAGAGAGUACGCAGCAGGAACAGACAUCUGACACACAGGACUCCCAAUCAAAGAACGGUACAGAUGAAGCGGCAAGAACAACUUCUGACACUCCCAUCAACAACAAUAAUGAGGAAUCACCUUCAUCCACCACCACCACCACCACCACAACAACAACAACACUUCCUCCUGAACUCACAAACAACAAGAAGAGUGAUGCAGACAGCAGCAGCAGUAUCAGUUCUGUGUGGAUGCGCACUGCAGCACCGCUGCUGAUUGUGACUGUGUUGUUCUCCGCUAGUGUGUACUGA